GUUUGUUAUUUUAAUUCUUUAUUUAGCUUUUGCUGUAUUAGCUGUAUUGUUUCAUUCACAGAAUCCCAGAGUUGUUACAGUUGGAAGGGAACUCUGAAGAUCAUCUAGUCCAACCCCCAAAUGCUUAAGAGCUCACUGAUGAAGUGUAUCUGUAAAAGUUAUGCUACAUAAAACUGGAGGAUAGCCUUGUGUUUAAAAUGGAAGUUGACAUAAAUGGAGAGUCCAGAACUGCCUUGUCCACCCUCCCUGUGCCUCUUGCAGAGGUGGGCUCUGCAGGCAGGAUGGAAGCUGAAAAGCCCCGCUGUUCCAGUACCCCCUGCUCGCCCAUGCGGCGGACAGUUGCGGGAUACCAGAUUCUCCACAUGGAUUCUAACUACCUGGUGGGCUUCACAACUGGAGAGGAGCUGCUAAAAUUAGCCCAGAAAUGUACAGGAGCUGAAGAGAACAAAGGAGAAUCUGGGCCGAACUUGCGCUCCAAGCAGCUGGAUCCAGGACUUGCGCGCUCCUCCCGUUUGUACAAAACCAGAAGUAGGUACUACCAGCCAUAUGAGAUCCCAGCAGUAAAUGGGAGGAGGAGGAGGCGGAUGCCCAGCUCAGGGGAUAAAUGCAAUAAAGCUUUACCAUAUGAACCUUACAAGGCACUUCAUGGUCCCCUGCCUCUCUGCCUUUUGAAAGGUAAAAGGGCUCAUUCAAAAUCCCUGGACUACCUCAAUUUAGACAAAAUGAGCAUUAAGGAACCUGCUGACACAGAAGUGCUACAAUACCAGCUCCAACACCUCACCCUUAGAGGGGACCGUAUGUUUGCAAGAAAUAGCACAUGAGCUGUUAUUUUGAACUUAGAAAUGAUUUCUGAUCCUUCCUCUGUUGCUGCAAAAAUCCACUGUUGUACUGUGUACAUGACUGUCCACAUUGUAGGUGGUUGUAUCAGCUAAAUGUUACCAGAAAGUAAUUUAUUUGAAUAGAGUCUUGGCAAUGCAAUGUGUUACAAAUACUCAGAGGGAGGAAUCUUUUCUGAGCAAGCAGCUUCUGGUGCAAAUUUGACUGCGAUCAGUGGAUAUUUCUUUGGACUCAUUUUAACAAAAAAAAAAAAAGCUUUUGAUUUUUGAGUUUGGUUUGGUUUUUUUUUUUUUUUGUACAGCUAGAUCUACUAUUUACGGUAAUCUAACACUGAAAAAAUGGUGAUGUCUGCUUGGUUGUUGCUAAUUUUGGCUUGAUGUUAGAAACUGCUCUUGGAUAAGUACUCAAGUUUAGGAGGUUCUUUGGUUUUACUUUUUGUUUCUGUAUUCAGUAGGAAAAUGAAUGGGUUUUGACAGCAUGGAAGGUGACUGAAUAAAUCACUUUCUGUUUAAACAAUCCAGUUCCAUCAUUUUUGUACUGUACUUACGCUAGGGAUGAAGGUGAGAUUUGCUUAUAAAGCAAACCUUUGCUACUUGAAUCCUAUUAAAUUACUUUUUCAAUUUCUGCAUGGAAGCAAUUGCUUUGCCUUUCCUAUGAAACAUGUUCAGAAUAAGUAUGUGAGUUUUUUAAAGCAAAUCUUUUGAGGAGUGAAGAUUUUAUUGUUAUUGUUGAUUUUAUUUUUUACAUUGUCUUGAGAGACAAAUUGGAAUGUCUGCACUGGUAUGUCAGUAAUGUUUUUGGGUUUAAUUUAUGAUUUCUGUACCAUGUAUAGUAGCAGAAGGUGUCAAAUAACUUCAGAGUAGAUUUGGAAAUUCUCUUGACUUGAAGCACUGAACACUUGGGAUCUGGAGGGCUGAUUUUAUUUGGCAGGGUGCAAAUGAAGUAUUUCUAUAUCAGCAUUGAAGAGAUGAUCCUGGAUUAUUCAACAGAGUAGGUUGAAUACAUUGGCUUACUUUUGUUACUUAAUGAAUUUUUAUCCAAACAUAACAUCAAACGCAGGUUUCAACAGCUGUAUUUCUAGGUGUAUUUGAAACAUUUUAAUAACUUAACAUUUAGAAACAAAAAAUGGUUUUCAUACUUUUUUUUUUAGAUGCAUUCUGUUACUAAAGGAGUGUGCAACUUGAUUUUUGCUGAUGACCUCUGCAGAAGUUAAAAGUAAUGUCAUGCUCAUUUUAAAUGUAAAUUAUUUGAUCAGUUGUUUCUGAUAGAAUUAAGAUUUGUUUUGUUUGUUUGCUUAUCACUCAGAAUGAAUAGAAAGCACUAGUUAGUGCAUGUGCUAUGGAAAAUGAAAAGUUCUAAUUCUGUCACUCACUCCAAAGUUUUAAAUGAAGGCAGCCCAGUAGUGAGCAUUUUGUGGUUGGGUUAUCUUUUGUUUAGGUUUGUUAGAAACGUUACAAAAAACAAUGUGUAUUUUUGAAAGUUAACUAUACCUGUGUAAAUUUAAUGUAUUGAACAAUGACCUUGAAAGUAAAGUCUUCCUAUAUAGUCUUUAGUUUGAAAAAGAGAGUAUGGUCAGAUGCCAAAGAGAUGGGGAUUUGUUUAAGGAGUAAACACCACUUGUUAUUGAAACACCCAAUGAAAAUGUAUUUCUGACUGAAAAAUAAAAAGGGUGGUAUAAA